UUCACACUCCACACCAGUUGGUGGCGGUAAUGUACCAUUUUGCUAUUUGCCAACUGCCAAUAAACAAUAUAAAGAAGAAGAAGGAUCCGCUGGGUCCGCCGCGGAGCACAGCAGUAGAAGAAGAAGCGGCAGCAGGAAGUGAUGCGGCUGUUAGCCUGCAGGCUAACGGGGAGGACAUGAAGCUCCUGGACUGAACGUGUGUGAGCUGUGCUGACCUUGGCGGCGAUGGCGCUGAUCGAAGGUGUCGGUGAUGAGGUGACGCUGCUGUUCGCCGCUCUGCUGCUGCUAACGGUGCUGCUGCUCGCCUGGAUCUCCACCCGCACAUCCGAGCCCCCUGAACACCUGUUCACAGGCUCCUCCCCUUUACAGAGGCCUGGGCAAGCCCAGCAGGACACGCCCUUUUCAUCCACCGCCGCCUCCUCAUCCUCGUCCCCCUACCCACCAUCCUCAACCUCCACAUUCUCCAUGUCCUCGUCCUCACCUUCCUCCUCUGUGAACGACAGCUUCCUGACAGAGGCUCCCCCCACACUAGAGGAUGGACAGGUGGGAGGGGACGGGGUGAGACGCAGAGGAGGAGACGGGGAGGGCGCAGCGUCUCAGCGGAAUAUGGUGGUCAGACUCAAGUUCCUCAACGACACGGAGAGGAUGGCGCAGGUCCAACCGCAGGACACCGUCGGGUACAUCAAGAGGACCUACUUUGCGGGGCAGGAGCAUCAGGUGCGUCUCAUCUAUCAGGGCCAGCUGCUGCAAGACGACGCGCAGACACUCGCCUCGCUGAACCUCGCUCAUAACUGCGUGCUGCAUUGCCACAUCUCGCAGCACGCGGCGCGGGGGGCGGCGGGGGGCCAGCGGGCGGGAGACCAGGUGCGCGUGGCGCUGAACGUGGGCAGCCUGAUGGUCCCACUGCUCGUGCUCAUGCUGUCCGUGCUGUGGUACUGUCAGAUCCAGUACCGCCAGUUCUUCACCGCCCCCGCCACCGCCUCGCUGGUCGGGGUCACCAUCCUCCUCAGCCUGGUGGCCUUUGGCGUCUACCGUCGCUAGCCUCCCAUGGGCCGGCGGGGGGUAUGAGACGCUACCUGCAGUUAGUGUUUGUUUCUGUUGCCAUGGAGACGUCGUGAGGACAGAGACUCUUAUCAUUAGAUCACACGUUUAUCUUCAUCAUCAGCGUGCCUCUUUGAUUUCUGUGGGAGGCACAGACACACCUGUCUGCCUCACCUGUGUGUGUGUGUGUGUGUGUGUGUGUGUGUGUGAGAAAGUUUCAGCUUUUGGAGAAAAUCUAUUAAACCUUUAAUUUAU